UGGGGUCCAUUUUUCUAGGGGAACCACUUUUUGUCGAGAGCGUUCAUGCUCGAUUGCCUUCUAUAGACGUCUCAAAUUAAAUGAUCGAUUUGGGGGGGAAUACCAGCGUAUUGGACGACUGAAAACAGGCUUUUAAGCCUUUCAAAACCCCUUUGCUAAGCCGCUUUGAUCAGAAUUUCCCAAAAUAGAUGGGAUUUCAGAAUUCUUUCUGAUGGAAAUUCUCUCCAGAUCGACUUCCAGAAUGCCCAAUUCUGUUCUUCCGAGAGUUAACAAACUCAGACUAGCUAGGGUAGAGAAUUCUGGUUCGAAAGCCCUGAAUACACGCACUCAGUCUUCGCUUGCAAAGGAUUAUGGCAGCAGCAGGUUCGGUGAAGUUGCUGGUGGUACAGCAGCAGUUUUUUGCUGCCCCUGUGCUCUGUUGAAUUUGGCCGUUCUGGCCUUUGUGAAAUUGCCUGCAAGUCUCUCCAAGAAGGCCUGGAGAAAAGCGAAAAGAAAAAGAAACAAAGCAGUGCAGGUGCAGGAAUUUCAUUAUCAAGACUCUGACACCGAGGAUUCUUCUCAGGCUUCUUCUCAGGAUGAAUUGUUGACCCCCACACACAAAGUAAAUGCUCAGACUUAUCUCAGCACUGAGCAAUUUUGGGAGGAAGUUGUGGGAAAGAGUUAUGUGGGCUUUUGGAGAAAUCGUUCUUUUGAGGGGUAGAAGCCCAAUCUGGGGCUCAGAAGUUUCUUGGAGGGAGAAUAAAAGUAUAAAAGCAUAGAGCCUGUAAGGGUUCCUUGCCAAAAUUUGAUGAUGAUGAUGAUAACUCAGAGUGGCUGAAUGUUUUAAUUGCCUAUAAGAGAGAAUUUGUCUCCCAGUGUUUAGGUUUGUUUUGCAUCUGUUUUCCUUCUGACCUUAAAAUGGGUUAUUGAAAUUUGGAUUGAGGAUUGUUGAUGUUGAAGAUAUCACCUGUUCUGUGAUCAUAUUUGUCACAAGAAAUUAUCUUUUGGUAUGGAUAUUUGGGAUUGAGGAUUGGUAUCUGGAUUUGGUAUCUAUAGCAGAAGAAUACAGAGGUCUGGAUCUGGCAUCUACAGCAGAAGAAUACAGAGCUUUGUUUCACCUCUGAUCUCUUAAAGUGAGAAUAUGUAAAGUGGGAUAAGUCAGUUUCGAAUUGAGAGAAUAUGUAAAUUGGGACAAUUGAGUGCGGAAUUAAGGAUAGCUUAUUACAAGAGAGAUUCUAUAAUGACAGCAGGCACAGAAUUUCAUCU